GCAUGCUCAGUCGCCGGAGCCCGUUCAGGUCUCAAGUAGGAAGCUCGUGCGCUGCACCCGCAGCUGAUUCUGGGGCUCCGGGAAGGGCGAGACUAGAAGAGAGCCGCCGGGCGCCGGAGCCGAGGCGAGCGUUGCGCGCACCGCUGGUUGGAGCGGCUGUGGGUGAGCUGCUGAGGUCGGGAGACAAGCAUGCUGUGGUCGGAUCUGCCCUGCUGGGGAACAGAGACAUUUGCUGGAUGGAAAUCCACAAAAGAAAGCUCCUGUGAAAACCUGAGACGGACGAUAAUCUAAGCAAAAUCAGAUAUCUUUGGACUGCCUGACCUUCUUGCUUGGUUGCUGUUAGUUAACAAACUUUGUGGGGGAAAACGGAACUUACCUUCUGAGCUUUGUACCAAAGACCUGGGAAAACUAAACCUCUUUCCUGAGUACUUGGAAACUGCCCAUGUCUCCGCCAGUGUGCUGACUGGUCACUAUGGGCAGAUGGUACCCGGAGGCUCCCUGUCAUCCAGGCUACUCAUAUUUCAAAUUAUAACCUAUUUCCUGCACCAUUGUGACGCCCAGUGAUCCAUGUCAGAAGUACCUCCAGCUGACUCAAGUGCAGACACCUUGGCAGUGUUUAUGGCCAGCAGUGGAACUACAGACGCUGCUAAUCGAAACAGCCCAGCCACACCACCCAAUACCCUUAAUCUCCGUUCUUCCCACAAUGAGCUAUUGAAUGCUGAAAUAAAACACACAGAAGCCAAGAAUAGCACACCCCCCAAAUGUAGGAAAAAAUAUGCACUAACUAAUAUCCAGGCGGCAAUGGGCCUCUCAGAUCCAGCUGCACAGCCCCUGCUGGGACACAGCUCUGCCAACAUCAAACUAGUGAAAAAUGGGGAGAACCAGCUCCGGAAGGCUGCAGAACAAGGGCAGCAGGACCUCAACAAAAACGUCAGCCCCACUGCAGUCAGAAACAUAACUUCUGAGAAGUUGGAGGGUAAAGAGCCCCAUCCGCCGGAUUCUUCAGGCUGUGAAAUUGUACCCUCCCAGCCCAGGAGAACCAAGAGCUUUCUGAAUUACUAUGCAGACCUAGAAACCUCAGCCAGAGAACUAGAGCAGAACCUAGACCACCACCAUGGGGUUGUGGAGGAGAAGCCCCAGCCAGGCCCGGGCCAGGCCUCCACCAUCAUUGGGAACGGGGAUUUGCUGCUGCAGAAACCAAACAAGGCCCAGUCUAGCCCUGAAGAUGGCCAAGUAGCCACAGUGUCAUCCAGCCCAGAGACCAAGAAGGAUCACCCUAAAACGGGGGCCAAAACCGAUUGUGCCCUACACCGAAUCCAGAACCUGGCGCCAAGCGAUGAGGAGUCCAGCUGGACGACGUUGUCCCAUGACAGCGCCUCCCCCAGUUCCCCGGAUGAAACAGCAGAUAUAUGGAGUGAUCACUCAUUUCAGACCGAUCCAGAUUUGCCACCUGGCUGGAAAAGAGUCAGCGACAUCGCUGGGAACUAUUACUGGCACAUCCCAACAGGAACAACUCAGUGGGAACGCCCUGUCUCCAUCCCAGCAGAUCUCCAGGGUUCUAGAAAAGGGUCUCUUAGUUCUGUAACGCCAUCUCCUACCCCAGAGAACGAGAAACAGCCAUGGAGUGAUUUUGCUGUUCUGAAUGGGGGAAAGAUUAAUAGUGACAUUUGGAAGGAUUUGCAUGCAGCCACAGUUAACCCGGACCCCAGUUUAAAAGAGUUUGAAGGCGCAACACUACGCUAUGCAUCUUUGAAGCUCAGAAGUGCCCCACAAGCUGAUGAUGAUGACUCCUGUAGUAUCAACAGCGACCCAGAAGCCAAGUGUUUUGCUGUGCGCUCUCUGGGAUGGGUGGAAAUGGCAGAGGAGGACCUGGCCCCUGGGAAAAGCAGUGUUGCUGUUAACAACUGUAUCAGGCAGCUGUCUUACUGCAAAAACGACAUCCGUGAUACGGUCGGCAUUUGGGGAGAGGGGAAAGACAUGUACCUGAUCCUGGAGAAUGACCUGCUCAGCCUGGUGGACCCCAUGGACCGCACGGUGCUUCACUCCCAGCCCAUCGUGAGCAUCCGCGUGUGGGGCGUGGGCCGUGACAAUGGCCGAGAGAGAGAUUUUGCUUACGUAGCAAGAGACAAAGAUACAAGAAUUUUGAAAUGUCAUGUAUUUCGAUGUGACACACCAGCAAAAGCCAUUGCCACAAGUCUCCACGAAAUCUGUUCCCAGAUUAUGGCCGAACGGAGGAAUGCCAAAGCCCUGGCCUGCAGUUCCUUACAGGAAAGGACCAAUGUGAAUCUUGAUGUUCCUUUGCAAGUAGAUUUUCCAACACCAAAGACUGAGCUGGUGCAGAAGUUCCAUGUGCAGUACUUGGGCAUGUUACCUGUAGAUAAACCAGUCGGAAUGGACACCCUAAACAGUGCCAUAGAAAGUCUCAUGACCUCUUCCAACAAGGAGGACUGGCCAUCAGUGAACAUGAAUGUGGCCGAUGCUACCGUGACCGUCAUCAGUGAAAACAGUGAAGAGGAAACCCUAGUGGAGUGUCGUGUGCGAUUCCUGUCCUUCAUGGGCGUCGGGAAGGAUGUCCACACAUUUGCCUUCAUCAUGGACACCGGGAACCAGCGCUUUGAGUGCCACGUUUUCUGGUGUGAACCAAAUGCCGGCAACGUGUCUGAGGCAGUCCAGGCUGCCUGCAUGUUACGGUAUCAGAAGUGCUUGGUAGCCAGGCCACCUUCACAGAAAGUUCGACCACCUCCUCCGCCAGCAGACUCAAUGACCAGAAGAGUCACAACCAAUGUAAAACGGGGGGUCUUAUCCCUCAUUGACACUUUGAAACAGAAACGCCCUGUCACAGAAACGCCAUAGCUGCAUGUGUUGAAAGAUUCCGUGAUAUUUGCCUGAAGAUUGAAUAGCUACACUAAAGAAAAUGAACUAUCUGACCUUCCAUUCAGUUGCUGAUGCUUUGUCUUCAGAGAAUUUAUCCUUAACAGUGUUAGACAAGCAUGUUCUCUCAUCUUGCCACCAUCAUGUGAUAUGAAAAGAAGCAUGAAUAAUUUUUUUUUGCUUUCAGUAAGUUCCAUCAUGAGCAGUGGAAGGUCUUUUACUUACUGUAAAUAUUGUGAACAUUACUUAACUUCACACACACAGAAGAAUGUGGCCACACCCCUCCUAGUGAACUAAUGCCAAGUCCUUGGAGUAAAUGAUGCCUAAGUUAGUUUCACUGUCUUCUUAAGCUGGAUCUGUCACAAGCAACCUUUAAGUCCUACAGCACUUCGCUCUGUUUUCAACAUUGGAAUAGACACUGCAUAGCAGAUACCAGUGAAUUGCUAUAAAAAUAGGAUGACAAGUUUUCAUUUUAGUUUUUCAUAAAAUUGAAUCUGUUGGUUGACAAAAUUGGCUGUUGGCAUCAGUAUAGAGACCAACUGGCAGCUUCCCUUGACAAGCGCUUUGACACAUGGACAUCAUUUCAUGUCUACAGCUGCUCAUGAGAUGUUGGAAAAAAGUGAAACUCCAAAAUUGACAAAAACAAACUGAAAUUGAGGAAUUAAACAACAACAACAAAAAAAUAGCCUUUCUUUUCAGAUGGUUUUCAAACUGAUUUUAAAAAAAUUAACAAACAUAAUGCAUUUCAGGUGGGAAAUAUUUCAAACUUCUGCCUUAUAUUGUACAAUGCAGCUAGAGAAUUAUAGUUCACUAUGGCCAUUCUCUACAGAAACAACAUUAAAAUGAAAAAUUCCUCAUCAACCUUUCAUCCUUAGUUUGAAAAUUAGCCAAUAUGCAAUUUGGAGUCGAGGAAAUGUCAUUUAUGUUUCUGUCAUACACAAUUAUUUUAGAUGUCCACCCAUCAAUUUUGUUAGACCACCUCCUGUUCUGCUGGAAUUCUGCAUCUAGCUCAAUCUUGCUACCAUGCUUUUUGCCCAGAAAGCUGUCUGUCUAUCAUGUAUUGUCCAUGGCUACAAAUUAUAUUAAGUUGAACCUUUCUUGAAUUUAUAUAUUUAAUAUUAGGAUUUGUUGGACUCAGAUAUUUUAAGAUUUAUAUUCUUUCCGUCUUAUUUUAACAGGUUUAAAAAUUUCAUAUCUGAGCAAAAUAUGCAUAAGAACAAUGGACUAACAAGUUUCCCAAAGUAGCACUUUCCUGCUACUUAACUGUAAAGAUAAAUUCAGACUCAAUUUGUUGACAAUGUUGUUUUACAAGGAAGUUGCUAAGGAAAUUACUCUAUUAGUCUGUUCACUCACUUUUUAAUGACAAAAUUAAUGUUUUAAAACAUCCAGUUAUAAAAGUAAUGCUUUACAUUUAUCCACUGCUAUGUACUUGUCAAAAUGAUUUCCACAUUAUGCAUUUGAGCCUUAUAAGGUAGAGGAGGUACUAAGUGCAUUUGAGAGAUGAAAAUAUGAAGUACUUACAGGCCACAUCAACUGGCCCAAGAUCUCACCAAAGUUAGUGAGAAAACCAGGAGUAGAACCCAAGUCUCCCAUCUCCUAAUUUUUACUGUGUCAUGCUGCUUCCUUUCGGUCAGGAAGAGCCCUUCCAAAAUGACUUUGAGCAAAUACAAAGGGUAGGUAUGAAAAUAUUUAUAGUCAGGCAAUCUUAGAACCUCUAUGUAAGUAGGGAAAUGGGUUCAAAUUGUCCGUGCAGUGGUGUUAAUUGUAAGACCAUUGCCCUCCCACAGUCCAGGACUAUGUUCCUGCAGUGUGCCUCAAAUGUGAAUUAGAGGACAGGAUUCUACAUCAGUGCAACCUGUUAAACCUAUGAUUUUUUUCCAGAGAUAAUGUUACUUUGAUAGAGAUAUUCCUAACUCAUGGUACUUAGCUGCCAGAGAACAUGAUGGCAUGCGUAGGUGUGUCCCUGCCUGCCGUUCCCUCUCAGUUCACUUGUGGGGUGAGGGGGUUGGAAUUGUUUGCUAGUAUCCUGGUGUUGGGGCAAAAAUGAUGCCACUUUAGAAAUGAAUUCCACUUCUUACCAACUUACCCACUAUUCUUUCUGGUAAACAGUGCCAUAAUAGGACAUUUUUGCAUUAAGGAAAUCCUUACUCUGCCCCUUGAAAAGCUGUUCAAAAUUCAAUCAUGAUCUUUCAGCUUGAUUUUCACAGUGAAAAGUUUUAGUGUUACCAACUUCAGAAUUCUAAAUAAAUAAUCCACAUUUGUAUUGGAAAUCUCUACCAGAACCCUCUGUGCAUUUUUUAAGGCAUAUAUUUGUUUUUAGGAUCAUGAAGACUGCGCUAGCUUUAGUAGCAAACUGAUUUAUAUAUGCAAUUAUAAGAUGCAUUAAGAUGAAUAAGCCUUUACAUAUUGAAAACUUUACUGCAGAUAGUUUUGUUUUGAAAAUAGCUUUGCAUACUAAAUGUAAAUUAAUUUUAUAAAAUUAAUUAUGUUAAACAGUAUGCUCAGACACUUUCUGCCAUGGCCAAAAAGUAUGUAUGAAAGUAUGUGUGUAUUCGUCUGAAAAGGAUGCCAAUGUUUUAUCAGAUAUUGUAAUGACACUUCAGUUACCUAUGCAUUCUUUAUAUCUGUGAUUUGGUAAACAGGCAGCCGUGUUCACUAUGCCUUGUAUGUCUUAUCAUUUUUUUAAUUAAUCUGUUAAAUACAGCUUAAAAUAUUUUUUAUUUUAUUUAUUCUAUUUUUACUGAUAUAUACUGCAUUAUUGUGUUAAUGUAUUAUCUUUACUGGAUAUUAUCUCACAAUAUAUCCAGGUCUAAGUAAUCUCAGUGAACUAUACAUUGCCUAAAAGGUGGUUUUGUAAUGAUUUGUAGUCACAUUUUUAUUGGAAUAUGUAGAAGAAAAGGCAAAAUGUUUAAAGUUCCUUUUGUUUUUUAAAAGCAGCUAGAUAGACACAGACUUGCCACCUCAUUUAUGUGCUCCUUGGCAGCAUCAAGGAGAACAGCCUACAUGCCUAUGGCUAAAAACUUUACUUUGCAGGCUAAAGCACUGCUUGGUGCUUCAUUUUUAUAUCCUUCACAACCUGUAUAAUUUCAUCUAAGUGAUAUAUACAUGUCCACAUGCCCUUUGUUUCCACCUGGAUAUAACCACCCAUAGCCAAUUAGAGUCAUUGUUUUUUGUCUGUCUAUUUUAAUGCAUGAAGGGACACUAGACCCAUUCCCAUUAAAACAAGUUCUUGGUGAUAAACUGUUGGCACUACUACUUUUUUAAAAAUCCACUUCAUGAUUUUAAGAUGAAUAGUUGUAAGACUUUCUGCACAAGCUUAUUUACCAGAAACCCUACAUCUUUCCUUUUUCUGUAUAACACACUCAUUUCUCAAGCAUAAAAACACAAAUUCAAGAUUUCAAAAGCAACAUGAAAAACAUUCCCCUAAUGGAUAUUAGUACUAUUUAAUAAAACCAUUAACUCUCUACUGUUUGCCAGGUUUAGCCUAAUACCCAGCUAAUGUUUGUUACCUUGCCAGUAUAUACAGCUUCAGAGAAAGACACCGCUCAGACUAUCAAUUAGAGCAGUCUGUCAUCCAAAGCAGGCUCAUCUUGAAAGAACCUUUUGUAUUCCUUUUUCACCACUUUUGCUGUUGACCACUUCGACGCAUUUAAAUGUAAUCUGCUGUGAAAAUAAACUUAGCUGCAUAAAAUGUUUGGCUCAUUUAUCUGACAUGUCAUACACAGAAAUAGAAAUACAAAUACAUUUAGUGUCAGCAUUAGCCAUUUUAUUUUUAAAUUAUUCUUCCCACAAAGUAGACUUCUUAGAAAUCAGUGUAGUAAUAUAAGAUUCUGCUUUGAUUAUUUAUUGCUUAUUUCCACCUGGUAAGAACUAGAAAGUAACUGUUUAAAAUAGUUUUGAGUAAUACGUAACACUCCUUAUUUGGUGGUCUGGAAGGACAGCUGGCAUUCUGGACACAGGCCUAUUUAGUCACCCAACCGUCAUUUUUCACAGUCUUUCUAGGAUUAAUAUAUUUCAGCAUUAAGAAGCUGACACCAAAGAAAGAAAACAUGAAUCCAAAAUAAAAGGUAACUAGAAAAAUCAGGUUCAUCUGGUUUAGUUUAACUGAAAUACAUAGAAGAAGAAUUUAUGUGUGUAUGCAUCUUUUAUUCAUCUUGCAUUUCCCCCAUUUGUUUACCUCUAACUCUAUCAAGGCAGUAACUCAAGAAAAUAAUAGGUGAACAAAAUUUCAUUUUGGUUUCAGGUAUUAUAGUGGAAAAUAGUUAAUCUGAAGUUACUCGUGGAUUUUCAGAAUUAUCAGUAAUUCCAUUAUUUUAGAUUUUUGCAGCACUCUUCUCUAAGCUCAAGAAAACUAAAAUGCAAAGUUCUGUUUAAGCAAUAUUCUUCAUUAGAAGUAAAAAGUAUUUUUCUUUUUACUCCACCACAGAAUUUGAGUAAUUGAUUGUCAAAAAAAAAACCAAAGAAAAAACCUGGAGGCUUAAUUAGCAAAUGGUUUAAUUCAGAAUCUAAAGAGAAAAAUAAUUUAGUGCCAAGGUGCAUUUUAUGAGAUACUACAAAUUGUCACAUGA